GUCAACAAAGAGCAUACUUUAAAGAAGCUUUUAGCAAAAGAGAAAUUCCCUUCCGACCAUCUUUCCAAGCACCUACGUAAAGCAUCCAGUUCUUCGCCCUCCACAUUCCUUCGCUUAAAGCAAAACCUACAGCGUUCGUCUUCCUCGGCCAAACAGGGGACUCAUUCGGCUCCGUCGAUUUUCACAGCCCGCCGUCGCAGAAAUGACUAACGUGGUGGAGUUGAAGGUGGGUCUGCACUGCGAAGAGUGCAUCAAGAAGAUCCUCAAAGCAAUCAAGAAGAUGGAAGAUGUGGAUACCUAUGACGUGGACGUGGAGCUGAACAAGGUGACCGUGACCGGAAACGUGACGUCGGAGGCAGUGAUCAGAGCGCUUAACAAGAUCGGAAAGCAAGCGAGUCGCUGGGGAUCGGACGAUCAAACUACUUAAAAACUAUGGAAGUUCUUUCGCGCUAGGGAUCGAUCGAUUGACGGGGACAAUCGCCAGACUCCAGACUCCAGGUACAGCAAGAGGGGAUUAAACUAGCUUAUGGUCGUGAAUGGUCGAAAUUCGAAGUUGUACGCUAUUUAUCCGCCACUGAUAAUCAGAUCCGCGUGUGAAGUGCCAUGUAUAUGAGCGGUUUCCUUGUCGCC